AUGCCUGAAUUGCUAUCAUCAUCAUCAACCAAAAGUCGGAAACGGUUGAAAGGAAAAGUUUGUUGUGUCUGUGAUUCACAACAUGAAAAGUGGACCAAAGGAUUUUUGUUAAACAAUGAAGGAGCUAAAGUGGCUUCACUUUAUUUCCAAAAGCCCAGUAUUAGAGCUGAUGAGUAUUGUUGCAAUAUAAAGUAUUUGAAAUUGAAAAAGCAUUACCAAAGUGAGAUUUCAAAGAAAACAGGAAGGCCAAUAAACGAAACUACCAGUUCGAAGAAGAGAAAAGAAACUAAUGAUAGUGCAAUGCAAACAGUGCCUCUACAACAAAGUCUUCAACAAUUUCAAGAUAAUCCAAACCAAACAGUAGAAAUUCACUUUCCAGAAAAUGGUAUUAAAAGUACACUUCAGUUGAAAGGAAGUGGUAAAACUACUGCACGCAAAAAUCUUCAAAAAGUUGCAAGAGCUAAAAUAAUACCACUAGCCAAUGCCAUUAUGAAAACUCAUAGCCAAGAUACCUAUUAUGUACUGUCUUCACUAAAGCCCACUAAAAAGGUGAUUGAGAAAAGCAAGUUUUUGAAUGCUAAAAUCACAAAGGCCACAAAACAGGCUGUUAAAAAAGCUCGAACUUUGAUACAAAAUAGACAACAGCAAUUAGCACCAAUUAUUGCUUGUGGUACAAAUUCAUCUAAAGAAAAAUUUAGAAAAAUUAAUAUUAUCAAUGCAAAACAGAGCAAUCAAGAAAAACUUAAAAAUACCCAUCUUAAAUCACCAUUUUCCAGAAUUAGAAAAUGCUUUCAACAACAGCCAUUACUUGACUUUGUAUGUAAUAAGUUUGACUCAGGGAAUUAUGCAACAGCAACUGCUCUUGGAGAGGAAUUAUUGCAAAUAAUGGAUACACAUGUAGAUGCUGAACUCAACAAAAUCCAGAAAGAUAUUUACAACAAAAUACUCAAAUCUGUAAAGCAUCCUGAUACCAAAAGUAUCAAAAGAGAUAUUCCUUCCAUCUUAAAAUAUAUAUACAUACAACAGAAAUUGGCAUCCCUAAACUCUACUAAUUUGUUAAACCAAGUGAAAGACCAUGGUGGUAUUGUGCAAAUUGAGUCCCAAAAUAAGUGGUCCAAAAUUGCCAAAGCCUUGAAUAUUAAUUUAAAAUUCCCUGAAGAUAUUUGUCGUUUAGGGUUUUACCAUUUCCAAAACGAAAUACCUCCAAUUCAAAUACAUCAGCGUAGAAUUGUCAAAUUGGACAAUGAUAUUUUCAUGCCUUAUUAUAGUGAGCAAGAAAUGAAAGAAGAUAUAUCAGCAUUAUGUAUUGGGCAGGAGACUGAAGAAGAAGAAGACGAGACAAAACUCUAUUCCAAUGAGGAUUGGGUAAAAGCAUUCGAAAAUCCAUUACCAGUCUAUAUUGGAAGACCUAUCAAAGUCCCCAUUACUUUGAAUGGGAAGGAUAUUGAGGUGCAUGGGGUAGUUAGAGAUCUUAUUCCAGUAAUAAUUCAACAUAUCAUCCAAUGUUGCAAGCGUGGAUAUAUCAAAAACAAUCCAAAACCUAUUGCUGUUCAAAUUAAAGGUAUAGAUUGGAUGGAUGGUACCUCAAUGUUAAAUAAGUCCUUGGUGAAAAUAUCUAUUCACAUUCUAUGGGAUGAAGCAAUGUUCAAUAGUGAGGGUUAUGAUUUUGUUACAAAAUCUCUUGCCCUUCUCUAUGUAUGGUGUUCAGAAACCAAAGAGAAUGUUAGUAUUGUCUCUAAAAUACUCCAAAAACAAUAUAUACAGCUUGCAAAAUUCAGCUUUGAGUAUGACGGAAUUAAGUUCACCAUGAAACCAAAAUAUAUGAGUGCAGAUUACAGCAAUGCUGCAAAAAGAUGGAAUCAUAAGGUAGGAGGAGAUCAUCGUUGCUGCAAAUGUGAUGUUUUUUUUAAAGGUAAUCAAUGUGACUACUGUGAGUGCAUUAAAUUAUUGACUAAUAAUAAGAGUUUAGAGAAUCUCUAUAAGUUAGGAAAUAGAGGUUUGGAUGAAUAUGAAAAUGGAGCUGAAAUACUUCAUGUUACAAAAGGAAUUUCUACUAGUAUGUUCACAUUAUUUAAAAAGGAAGAAAACUUUCAAGAAGAAAAUUGUUUUGCAGCCUUUGAUGAAUACAUAAGGCAUAAUGCUCAGUCUGGAACAAUGUCGAAUGGUGAUUGGAGAAUGGCAUUUUGUAAUUUUGAAAAAUGCAUUCUUCCUUUCAUUAUUCAAGCUCCAGAAAAUGCAGAAUUAAUAUUGUUACUCUGGAGAGACAUUGUGAGAUAUCUAUAUACGAAAAAAACUCAUACAUUAACGGAGAACCAAGAGUUUUGUGUGAAAGUUUUUGUGUUUGGUUGUCUUGCUGUCAAUCGUUGGGGUAAAAAUAUUGCUGGAUUACACUUUCAUGAACUUUGGAUUCAUAUAAGUCAGUUGAUUUGGCAAGUUAACUUGUAUUAUCUCUCCUCUGAAAAAGAUGAGCAGAAUUUCUCUAAGGAAAAACGUAUUGCCAAACACAAUUCCAACCAUCAACCAGAAAAAGCAGUUCUUGAAAUAAUUAGAAAGACUGUUCUUGGUGAUGUUGUGAGAGAGAGUUUUCAAAACACCUCUAGCACACACAAGUCACAAAUUGAAAAGCUUUUGAAAGAUGUUCCCUUAAUUCCAAGCGUCAUCCCAAAGGCCUUAUUAACACAUCAACAAUAUUCACAAUGGGUUCCCUUGUUUGAAGCUACUAUUUUAAAGUCCAAUUAUUCCUCUUUCCAAAAAUUUGAGUUCAAUGGUCAUAUUAUUCAUACACAAGGAGCUGCUGUCACUGAAAAAUUAGAAAAAUUAUUUGAGAAAUGUAUUUUGUUGAAACCUACAACACUAAAAGGAAAGAGCAAAUGUCCUAAUUGUAAAUCCACAGAACAUAUUUCUGAAGAAUGUGUUAUUGGUUGUUGUAGUAACUGUUGUGAAGAAGCAAGUUGUGCUUUUCACAUCAAACAAAAGAAGAAAAGUCUGGAACGACUCAACAAGCAAGCAGAAAAACUCAAUUCCGUUAUUAAUUCCAGUCAGUCUCAAACUCAAGCAAAUGCAACACAAGAUGUAUCCACUCCAUCACAAUCACUUCCUCCAACACAAUUAGCACAAGUAAUGAAUCCUCCGAUUAUUGAACAGAAGAAAACAUGUGCCAAUCCUGGUUGCCAUCUGGUGAAAGUGUCAGGUAAAUGUAAAUACAAAAUGUGUAAAAAGUGUUGCGAUAAGUGUAAUGUUGAUUGUAUUUAUCAUAUCAAGCAAGGGAAGAGUAAACCUAUUGCUGGCACUUCAUCCGAGAAGCAAAUGUUGUCGUUCAUCACAGCAAAUAAAAACCGCUGA